AUGUUCGGCAAUGUUUUGCAAUUCUUGAUGAUGCUAUCGAUUAGCACGGUACUGGCUGUCUCGAUCCCCGACCAGGAAAUAUCACCCAGUCCCGCUUUUGUGUCAAAGCGCUCUCUUAGAACUGGGCUUGGUACAAGAUAUGGCGAUGGUUGCACGGAAGAAGACUGUUGGAAGGGCGGUGCAUGUUCCUUCGUCGAUUACAGCCUCCCCAGUGGCGUGGAUGGCUCAACUUGUGUCUCCGAAAAAAUCUGGAAUGACGGUGCUCAAUGCGGAGGUUGCAUUUCAGUGACCUACAAGGGCAAGACAAUCACUGUGAUGGUCACUAACCUAACCGGAGGUGGUGCUAAUCACCUUGACAUGACUCCGGAGACUUGGUCAAAGCUUACCAAUGGUCUAAGCACGGGAGGCGUUGAAGGGAUCGAAUGGGACUUUGUCACUUGUCCCAUCAGCAAAACGACGCCCCUCUGGAUCAAGAUGCACGGGGGAGCGUCAAAAUAUUGGUUUUCGGCGACCGUCGAAAAUGCUCGACGUCGAACCACAAAAAUGGAAGUUAGCACGGACGAAGGCCAUACCUGGAAGUCUACAAGCCGGAGCAAGUACAACUUUUUCGAGCUGGAUGGGACAUUGAGCUCGGAUACUGCUUGGAAAGCCGCUCACGAUAAUAGCUUUCCCUGGAAGAUUAUUGUCGUGCGUGUUGAUGAUUUUCUGACAGGCGUGUUGAUGAUCCUUCGCCUUUAUGCGCGGUUCUUUAUCGUCAAAAAUAUCGGCUUUGAUGAUGCAUUGGCCAUCGUGACAAUGAGCGUCCGCGAGACAGAAGUCCUCGACUUUGUCGCACACGUUCUCUACACAACAGCCCUUUUCCUUUGCCGACUAUCUGGUCUCGCUUUUUACUACCGGCUCACGGCACGCACCGGCAAGCUACACAUCGCCAUCCUAGUUGCCACACUAUUCCUCUUCAUCGCCUAUCUCCUGCAGCUUUUCCUUUUGAUCUUUCACUGUAGACCUUUUACUGUUCUGUGGCCAUAUGGCUGGCAGAGUGAACCCACUACUUACAAAUGUCUAUCGUGGGGCUUGGUCUACUCCGUCAACUCGGGCGUCUCUCUGGCCUGUGACGUGAUAAUGCUCAUCAUCCCCUCCAUCCUCAUCAAGCAGCUCCAUGUGUCCAGGGAAAAAAAGAUCAAGCUCGCCAUGGUAAUGUUCCCUGGUGUACUCGUCAUCAUGAUUUCUGCCGUCCGCGUCUGGCUCGUGGUGGAAGGCCAAUGGGCCGCCGAUGGCAGCUUGGCCUACAAUCCAAUGCUGUGUAUCGAGAGUGCCGAGAUCGCAGGCACACUGAUUGCCCUCUCGGUACCAGCACUCAAACCCCUCUUCGGGAAAGUUUCUCGCACCUAA